AUAACGAAGCUACGUAAUAAAAUCUUUCCCAAAGCACAAUCCAUCUUUAUAAGACACAGAAAUGGUUAGUCACAAAGAGACCGUGUGCGUGACCGGUGCGUCAGGAUUCAUCGGUUCAUGGCUAGUGAUGCGAUUACUCGAACGCGGUUACUUUGUCCGUGGCACUGUUCGCGAUCCCGGGAAUUUGAAAAAAGUGCAACAUCUUCUUGAUUUGCCAAACGCCAAGACACAACUCACUCUAUGGAAAGCCGAUUUAUCUGACGAAGGAAGCUACGACGAAGCCAUAAACGGAUGCGAUGGCAUUUUCCACGUAGCAACUCCCAUGGAUUUUGAAUCAACGGAUCCUGAGCAGAACGAAGUGAUAAAACCAACGGUUAAUGGAGUGUUGGGGAUAAUGAAAGCAUGUGUUAAGGCAAAGACAGUACGAAGAAUCGUCUUUACCUCGUCUGCCGGAACGGUUAAUGUUGAGGAACAUAUGAAAGAUGUCUAUGAUGAAAGCGACUGGAGUGAUCUUAACUUUAUCAUGUCCAAGAAGAUGACAGGAUGGAUGUAUUUCUUGUCGAAAAUGUUAGCCGAGAAAGCAGCGUGGGAUUACGCGAAGGAAAACGGAAUAGAUUUCAUUAGCAUCAUUCCGACUUUGGUGAUCGGUCCGUUUAUAACAACAUCUAUGCCGCCUAGCCUCAUUACCGCGCUCUCUCCUAUCACUCGGAAUGAGGCACAUUACUCGAUCAUAAGACAAGGACAGUACGUGCAUUUGGACGACUUAUGCAAUGCGCAUAUAUUCUUGUUUGAAGAAGCAGUUGCCAAGGGACGUUAUAUUUGUUCCUCUCACGAUGCCACAAUUCUCAGUAUCUCUGGAUUUCUUAGGAAAAAAUACCCGGAAUAUAACGUGCCUGCAACGUUUGAAGGUGUGGAUGAGAAUCUGAAGAGCAUUAUGUUCAGUUCGAAGAAGCUGAUUGAUAUGGGAUUCAGCUUCAAGUAUAGUCUCGAGGAGAUGUUGGUCGAAUCGAUUGAGACAUGUCGUGAAAAGGGUUUUCUUCCUGUUUCUUUUCCAAAGCCAUCGAAAUCUGAGGAAAAAGUUCCAACUAGUGAUGACAAGAGUGAGCACAAAAUCGGAGCUGGUUUAACCGAUGGUAUGAUGCCUUGUACAGAACCGGUGGUAUCCCGCGAAAAAACCGAUGCUUGUAUGCAGGCACAGCAGAUGUGUGCUUAGAAAUUGAACCGGUAUUGUCGUCGCAUUGUUAUUGGAUGUGUAUUUCGGGUUUGCUUACUUUCUUAAUCGUAAAUUGUUAUUGGAGGGUGUGGUCUGGACUGAUUCUAAUAUAUAUCACGAAUGCGUGUACCAUUAUGACGUUUUACAUAUUGAAGAAACAGGGGCUGUUUGUAUAAUGAGUUCUUGAGUCGAAUGAGUCGUGUAAUGUCGCUUGAAUGAUAUAUUUCAUAAUCUAUAAUUUGAAA